AUGUCUUUCACAGACGUUCUCAAAAGAGGCGAAGACUUUCUCGAGGAGUAUCCGCGACGCUCAUGGUGGUGGAACUAUGCCUCACAUGCCACCUGUUUGGGUAUGAUCCUCGGAUCAAAGAUGUUUCUCAAUCUAUUGUACAACCCACAGGUCAACAACAUCGAGAAGUUGGAGGCGGCAUUAGGCAAGGCCCGGGCGGAGAAUAGAUCGCUUCUCACAGUGAUGAAUCAUAUGUCGGUCGUUGACGAUCCCUGCUUCUACGCCAUGUUGCCAAUGAGAUUUCACACCGAUAUUGAUACUAUACGGUGGGGGUUUGGUGCACAUAACAUCUGCUUCUCGACUCCAUCUCUCUCUGUUUUCUUCAAUUUAGGACGUAUCAUGGGCACAAAGCGGUUUGGAGAGGGUCCGUUCCAGGGCUCGCUCGAUGCCGCCAUUAGAAUCUUGAGUCCUGACGACACUCUCGACUUGGAGUUUAGCAGCUUGGCAAGCGAGCGUCAGAAACCCACACUCAUUCAAGAGGUAAAUAGUGUAGCUGGAAUUGCGCCAGAAUCUGUAAAUAAGUUGGUCAAGAAGGUCCUGCCAGGACCUGAGACUACAUCCAUUCUCAUGUCCAAGUCCCCUUUUGUCAGAUCGAAAACCUCCUGGUUCCAUGUCUUCCCAGAGGGGUUCGUCUUACAAUUGAAGGAGCCCAAUCAAAACAGCAUGCGUUAUUUCAAAUGGGGAGUCUCCCGUUUGAUUUUGGAGAGUACUCGAACACCAGUGGUGUUGCCCAUCUUCGGCUAUGGGUUCGAGAAGAUAGCUCCAGAGGAUCUUGAUCAUGGUGCUCUGCGUUGGCUUCCUCAAAAUUUGGGUGCAGAUGUUCAAAUCACAUUUGGCGAUCCUAUCCCAGACGAACAACUCGAAGACUAUCGUCUCAAAUGGAGAGCCUUGUGUGACAAGUAUCCAAACAAAGAGAACCCCAAUGACCUAUCGGCUGAACUCCAGAAUGGUAAGGCUGCCCAGCUGCUUCGUAGUGAGCUCGCGGCGCUUCUCAGGCUGCAUGUGCUUCAGAUCAGAGAGUCACUUGGCAGAUUCCCCCCCGAAGACUCCAAGUUUGCCAGCCCUGCUUUUUGGAAGGAGUACACCAAUUCCGAAGGUGCUAGUGAUCCACUGGUCGAGUUCAUCGGACUGAACUGGGCCAUCAGACGCCUUCAGAAACAUCUCCCAGACUAUGAGGACAAACUGUGA